AUUCGAAAAGACCCCAAAAAGUCGUCAAUCUUUUUCUUCCCAUUUUCCACUUUGAAUUGUCUCUGUUACCUCUUCUCUUAUCCAUCUUCCACCUUCGCCAACUCCCUCAAACCUCAUCCACCAAACAUGCCUACCUUAACCUCUCUGAAACGAUCCUCGCCGUCGAUGCUCCAUCUCUCCCUUAUCCAACAACGACUCCUAACCUGCCAGUUCUCGUCCCUGCCUCUUACCGACGCUUCAAACAUCGACCCCAACAAUAAAAGGGAUUCCUUUUCCCGCACUUUCGUAAAAUGGGUCUCCGGACUAGCUGUUGGUUCGAGCUUAGGUGCAGUCUAUUGGUGGUACUCAACUUCAGUUUCGGAUUGGGGUUCUGCUUUUUUCAAGAAACCCUUUUUGUCUUUCUCCGAAUGGUCAAUGGAAAGUGAUGAAUCUACCACCGAUGGUUCGAAAACCGUGUUUCAUAAACUAGCCCUCCCUGACUAUAGCUCUAAGUUCAUCUUUGGAGAGGUGUAUAGAAGGAAAGUUUUCUUUAACUAUGAAAAGCGAUUAAGAUUGCGGAGUCCACCGGAAAAGGUUUUUGAGUAUUUUGCCUCUUUUCAAACCCCGGAAGGAGAACUGUUCAUGAGACCAGCUGAUCUAAUGCGAGCUGUGGUUCCUGUUUUUCCUCCAUCUGAAUCCCACCUUGUUAGAGAUGGUUAUUUGACAGGGGAAAGGAGUCCGGGCGAGUUACGCUGCGAUCCUUCCGAAUUUUUCAUGCUUUUUGAUAUGAACAGUGAUGGAUUAAUAUCUUUCAAAGAGUAUAUCUUUUUUGUAACAUUACUCAGUAUUCCCGAGUCGAGCUUCUCCGUAGUAUUCAAAAUGUUCGAUGCAGACAACAAUGGUGAGAUUGAUAAGGAGGAAUUUAAGAAAGUGAUGUCUCUGAUGCGAGCUAAUAACAGACAAGGGGCAGUCCAAAGGGAUGGACUUCGCUUUGGGUUAAAAGUUAGUGGUUCUGUGGAGGACGGAGGUCUGGUGGAGUACUUCUUCGGAAAAGAUGGAAAGGCACGUCUCCAACAUGAUAAAUUUGUUCAAUUCAUGCGAAAGUUGCAGGAUGAGAUACUAAGAUUAGAGUUUGAUCAUUAUGACUACAAAGGCAGAGGAAGCAUAUCUGCCAAGGAUUUUGCAUUAUCCAUGGUUGCUGCUGCUGAUAUGAGUCAUUUAGAUAGGCUGCUAGAGCGGGUUGAUGCAUUAAAUGACAAGCCACAACUUAGGGAGGUCCGAAUCAGCUUGGAUGAAUUCAAACAUUUUGCCGAGCUGCGUAGAAAAUUGCAGCCGUUUUCUUUAGCACUUUUUAGCUAUGGGAAAGUUAACGGUCUACUGACAAAGGACGACUUCAAACGGGCAGCAUCUCAUGUUUGUGGCGUAUCACUUACUGACAAUAUUGUCGAGAUCGUUUUCCAUGUGUUUGACUCCAAUAAAGAUGGACAUUUAAGCUCGGAUGAGUUUGUUAGAGUUCUACGCAAGCGAGAAAGGGAUAUUGCUCAACCUGUAGAGUCAGGAAUCAUGGGACUUAAAUCUUGCUGCUGGAACUGCUCGAAUAAUAGCUCCAUUGGGCAGGUGAUAUCAUAAUCGGUUUUCCUUCACCUGAGGAGCUUCUGAUAUCUUAUAACCUAUAUCAGCUGGAUGUCUAUCACAACUACAGAAUGUGCAUGUGCGUUGAAGCUGGGAAAAUAGCUGUUGUUCAAGGCAUUAUCAGUUAAUCAUGUGGAUGGUACUGAUCUACUGACUUCCUCGGUUUGUUUUGUAACUGAUGGGGGCAUAUCUGCGUUUACGUUUAGUCAUCGGUAUCUCUCGAGAUCAGAAGAUGUUGUGAAUCAUGGUAAGGACUAAGGAGCUUAUACUAGCUGAGUUAGAUGGCUCACAAGUGGUCCAUAUUGUCUGUUCUCUGCAUAGACUUGCCUUGGCUUUUGGGGCUUGUAUGCUGUUUUCUUACAAAUUGCUCAGUUUUGUAGUUGAGAGAUUAACCUAGUUUUAAUUAAAAUAAUUAAUCACAUUACUAAUUUAAAUUAAUUGACAAUAUUAUAAUUUUGAUUUGAAUAAAUUGAAGGAUAAACUAUUAAAAUAGUCA